GUAACAGCUGCAAAAGAAUUUGUCAAGUUGAGACUGGACAUCUGGUCAUUGCUCUUGAAUCCUGUGAAUGGAAGGAGAGACGUGUCUUUGUAAGCAUAGGAAGCGAGUGGAGUAGAGCAAAACUUCAGUACAAUGAUUGUUCUGCGAAAAAUCUUUGCCGUGGUCUUCAGCUACCUCCUAAGUAUUUAUGUUGAGAGGAGCUGUGGAAUACAUGUGGUGGAUAAUGGAUACAGAGACAUUGUGAUUGCAAUUAACCCAAAUAUCCCAUAUGAUGAGAAGCUUCCUAAAAAAAUCCAGGCAAUGAUGAUUGAAGCCUCCUCCUACCUGCAUCAAGCUACCAAACAGCAGCUCUAUUUUUCAGAUGUUAAAAUCCUUUUGCCUAAAACCUGGCAAUAUAACUCCAGCUUGGUUCAAAGACCAUCUAAUCAAUCAUAUGAGAAGGCAAAUGUGAUCAUUGCUGAACCUAAUCCUCGGUAUGGAGACACUCCAUACACCCUGCAGUAUGGUGGAUGUGGGGAGAAGGGCCGCAACAUUCAUCUUACGCUGAACUUCCUACUAAAUGACAGUUUGGUUAAAGUUUAUGGCAAAAAAGGACGAACAUUUGUUCAUGAGUGGGCCCACCUCCAGUGGGGUGUAUUUAAUGAAUAUGAUGAUCAGAUGCCCUUUUACAGAUCUGAAGAUGAAAUCAUUGAAGCAACAAGGUGUUCAAAGGUGAUAAAAGGAGUUAAUAAAGAUUGCAGUGGUGGUGACUGUUUAGAAUGUACCGACAAUAAAGAGACAGGAUUGCCAGAUGGAAAUUGUACAUUUUAUCCAGAGAUGAACCAGGAUGCAUCAUCUUCAAUAAUGUAUAAUCAAGGAUUGAAGAAUGCAGCUGAAUUCUGCACUGACAAGACACACAACAGAGAAGCACCCAACAUGCAGAAUAGAAUGUGCAAUGGCAGGAGCACUUGGGAUGUGAUCAGCCAUUCGGAAGAAUUUAGAAGCAUUUCUUCACCCUACACUGGUUCAACCAUCCCAACAUUCACAUUUCUACAGGCCAAAGACCGUGUACUUUGUUUAGUCCUUGAUGUAUCAGGAAGCAUGAAGCUGGGGAAUCGCAUUGAUAGGCUUCAACAAGCUGCUGAGGUAUUCUUGCGGCAGGUCAUUGAAGAAGGAUCACAAGUUGGAAUUGUCACUUUUAACCGUGAAGCCAACACUAAAGCACAAUUAAAAAAGAUUGAUAGUCCUAGUGCGAGGAGCGAUCUUGUACUUCUGUUACCAACAUCAGCUGCCGGGGGAACAAAUAUCUGUGCGGGGGUUCGAUCUGGCUUUCAGGUACUUCGUGGUGAUGAUGAAGAUACAAGUGGUGAUGAAAUUAUUCUGCUUACGGACGGAGAGGACAACAGUAUUAACAGUUGUUUCACAGAGGUGGAACAAAGUAGAGCCACAAUCCACACAAUCGCAUUAGGGCCAAGUGCAGACAAGGAUCUAGAGCAGCUCUCAGCAAAGACAGGAGGUCGACAGUUUGCAGCCACUGACAACGUGGACACAAAUGGACUAAUUGAUGCAUUCACUGAAUUAGUAUCAGGAGAUGGUGACAUUAAUCAACAGUCAAUCCAGCUUGAAAGUACAGGAAGGAGUGUUGAUGGAAACAGUUGGUUUAAUGAUUCAAUUGUUGUUGAUAAAACUGUUGGAAACAACACACACUUUGUGUUCACUUGGAAGGCGUCCACACCACAAGUAUUUGUACGUGACCCCAAUGGAAAGGUAUACAGCAACAAUGACUUUAUCAUUCAAGAGAAUGUACACACUGCACAGCUCGAAAUUGAAGGCACUGCACAGGAUGGAACUUGGACUUACAGUAUCAGGAAUCCCGGAAAUAAGCAACAAUUAACAGUUACAGUAACAUCCCGAGCAAUGGAUGAGAAAGUUCACCCUGUCACAGUCAACACAAAAAUCACCAGAAAGAAUCUCACUAGUCCAGUGCUUAUUUAUGUGGAAGUCUCCCAAGGAUUUUUACCAGUCUUAUCUGCGAGAGUGAUAGUCAUUGUUGAAGCACCCACGGGUCCUACAAAAGAAAUGGAGCUUUUAGAUAAUGGUUCAGGUGCUGAUAUUGUCAGCAAUGAUGGGGUUUACUCUAAGUAUUUCCUGCCAGCUACUGAAAAUGGAAGGUACAACUUCAAGGUGCAGGUAAAGGGAAAGGAAGGGUCUACCACGAAGACAAACAGAACAGAUGGGAAUGCCAUGUACAUACCAGGAUACACAGAAAAUGGUGUUAUUCACUUAAAUCCUCCAAAGCCUCCAGUUAGUAAAGAAGAUUCUGUAGCUCAAAUAGGAAUCUUCAGCAGGGUGAAAUCAGUAGGAGCACUUUCAAUACCUCCAGGAGCACCUAUCAUCAACUUUCCACCGUGCAAAGUCACAGACCUUCAUGCAACCAUAGAUAAAGACAAAAUUGAGCUGCAGUGGACAGCACCAGGAGCAGACCUGGAUCAAGGAGCAGCCUCCUACUAUGAGAUGAGAAUGAGUGCGAAACUGCUGCAGCUACGGGACAGUUUCUCUGGAGCUGAACAGGUUAAUGUGACAAGUUUGAAACCACAACCAUUUGGCUCCAAGGAAUCAUUUACAAUUGCCAUUGGAAGUACAGAACUUAAAAACACAACCACAUUUUAUUUUGCUCUAUGUGCUUAUGAUGAAAACAAUCAGUCUUCCGAGAUGUCCAAUGUUGCCAGUGCUUCUUUCUUUGUGCCUUUGCCUGAUGAACUGGUGUCCAAUGUUGCCACUGCUUCUUUCUCUGUGCCUUUGCCUGAUGAACUGGUGUCCAAUGUUGCCACUGCUUCUUUCUCUGUGCCUUUGCCUGAUGAACUGGUGUCCAAUGUUGCCACUGCUUCUUUCUCUGUGCCUUUGCCUGAUGAACUGGUGUCCAAUGUUGCCACUGCUUCUUUCUCUGUGCCUUUGCCUGAUGAAUUGGAGGACAAUAAAGUACGGUUUCUGCACAGUAUAUGGAUUGCAGUAGUAGUGGCAGUAAUUGUAUGUUUGAUUAUUGGGAUUAUUUAUUAUAUUGUGGAGAAGAAAUACCAAAAGAGAUUUCCAGUAGUGACAAUAACAUACAGACAAUACAGCUGCUGAACUUUUACUUCAUUCUGAGGUAUUAUUGUUGCAGAUUAGAUUGAAGAUUUUCUGAGAUAUCUAUAAUCAUCCCCAGACAAAUGGAAGACCUUCUUUGGAUAUUGAGUCCAAAUUUGUUGCCUAACCUCUUGCAUUGAUCAGAUGCUUUAAAUUGGAAACACUGCUUUUGGAGGAGGAUGUGGUUUUCUACUGGGGUAGAAUCUGUAUCAUUGUAUAACCCUGCUAUC